GUCAGUUUUCUAAGUCGGAGCCAUGGCGACAACAGCUCAGUAUAUUCCGCGGAAUAACUCAUUGCCUUCGAACCCACUAAUGCAUCCGGAUUCGGACAGGAUGCAUCAGGGGACGACUUACAGAGAGGUGCAGAAAAUGAUGCAUCACGAGUACUUGCAAGGGCUGGCGACCAACACGGGACAUCCGAUGAGCCUGACGCACCACCAGUGGCUGCCAACCUCCAACACCGACUGGACCAGCGGCACCCACAUCGGACAACCGGAGCACACCAAAGCCAGCGUGCAGAACAGAGAAGAUAUGGGGAACGGCUAUCACAGAUCGCACUUGGUCCACCAGGCAACGCAAAACAGCCACCAUGGAUCAUGGGCACCAACCACAACGCACCACUUAUCCCCACUCUCUCCCGCCUCCAGCGGUCACCAAUCGCUGGUCUACUCUCAGACGGGCUACACUAUGUUAAGCCCCCAGCCUUCGCUGCACCACGGCUUGCGGGACCCGCUCCACGACGACGCGGGUAGCCAUGACAACCAGAUGGAGUCUCCUCAGCAGCCGUUCAGCCACCACCAGGACCACUCGGACGAAGACGCGCCCAGCUCCGACGACCUGGAGCAGUUUGCCAAACAGUUCAAGCAGAGGCGCAUCAAACUUGGUUUUACGCAGGCGGACGUGGGCUUAGCGCUGGGCACCCUCUACGGAAACGUCUUUUCCCAGACCACCAUCUGUAGAUUUGAGGCUCUUCAACUCAGUUUCAAGAACAUGUGCAAACUUAAACCUCUGCUUAACAAAUGGCUCGAGGAGACCGACUCGAACACCGGCAGCCCCACGAAUUUGGACAAGAUUGCUGCACAGGGCCGGAAACGUAAGAAGAGGACCUCCAUCGAAGUAGGGGUGAAAGGGGCACUGGAAAACCAUUUCUUAAAGUGCCCCAAGCCCUCCGCCCACGAAAUCACCUCUUUAGCUGGCUCUCUGCAGUUGGAAAAAGAGGUUGUGCGUGUAUGGUUUUGCAACAGAAGACAGAAAGAGAAAAGAAUGACACCAUUGGGGGUCCCUCAUCCGACCAUGGAGGACGUAUACUCACAAGCGGAGACAUCCCCUCUUCACCACACACUACAAAGUCCUGUCCAGUGACUGCUAUCAUAAACACUGUCAUUGUUUGAAAAGAGAAGCGGACAAUGGAUUUUGUGUAUCCCCCUUUGUUAUCCCGAGAGAUCAGAGACAGAAAGUUUGGGAAGAGUUCGUUGGCAGUGAUCGAAGAUGCAACGGCAGCAUAUGGGACGUCAAUAAUUCUCAAUAACAUGAAAAUGCAUUAAUGACUGAGUCAGCUUCAUGUGCAUUUAUGAAAUCAGUACCUGUGUUUACGAAAAUUCUAUAAUUUGUGCCAUUCUGGAAAAAGUCGACUAUUUCACCUCCGAUCAAAGGGGGCUAAAGCCUAAAUAAGCCACAAAAAGGGCUAUGUCUCCUUGGUCUCCCAGGAUGGGUUCGCCUGUCUUGCUGUUUGUCUAAUGUAAAUCAACAAAGGAGAGUGGACAGUGACGCUAUACUCUUAUUAAAGUGAUUAACCAGAUUCAUUCUUACAAUGGUUUAUUUGAUAUCAUUUGUAAUGUUUACUUUAUUUGGGAUGUUUUAACUUAAAAAAAAAAAAAAAUCACAUAAAGGGCAACACUAUUUUAUUUUCUGUCUAUCGAGUAGACUAUUUCACUUUAAUUUCAAGACAGACAGAGAGAUGAAAUUUGUGAUGAGAAGAACAGGCACUUGGUGAAAACCUCUCAUACAAACUAGUGCACCAGGAACUGUUUACAGUUAUCACUCCUAUAGCACCUGAUAUCGUCUAAAGAUGCAGAGACGUUAAAACGGCAACGUGGAAUACACUGUCUGAAACAAUAUUCUGAUUUCUGGGUUCAUUUUCCGCUAUUUGCAUGAGGCACUUAUUAUUGCGUUAUUAAUGUUAUUUUAUUUUAUCUCUUGUUUUUUCAAAUGUAUUUGUUCGAGAUACGCCAUUAUUGCUUGUUUACUGUUUAGUUUUCCAAUUUUGCCCAAUUAUGAAUCGGCACUAUUCCAGCAAGUCUGCUCCAUCUAAACUAACGAGUGUGACGCGUCAUAAACAAAACAGAAAGAAAUAUCUCAGGUAAUUUUCAGUGCCCAAAUAUCGUGCUAUGGUUCUUCUUGAAUAUUGGCUAAUUUUUGACACUAUUUAUGUCAACUGUGCCCGUUAAUUUAUGUUCACUGCAUUUUGAAUCCUACUCAUGAACCUGGACACAGAGAAAAGUUGAUAUUAUAAUGAAUAAGGAUGUGUUUGGAACUUCUUUGAAGAUUGGGGUAAAAAUGAGAGUGUGACAACGUUCUGCGUUUCGUGUCGUUUCUCAAGGUCUGGCAUUUUUCAUUGGACAGCAGGUGUCCAUUUCUGCAACGUUAUUUGAAACAGUGUGAAUAUUGAACUUUUCCAAAAAACAAAACAAAAAAAAAACACAAAAAAAAAAACAAAAAAAAAAAAAAGUAAUAAAAAUAAAAUACAAUAGACAAGAUUUUAAAUAAAUAGUUGUCAGGAUUAUUUCCAAUAUGUAAAUAUGUCGAUUAUGUAAACAUAUGUAUUUGUUCUGGGUUCGUUUUGUUUUCCGGGCAGUUUUGUACACUUACUAAUUCCAUGAAGAUAUUUUAUUAUUUCA